AUGGACGACGACGAUUACGGCUCCGACGAGUUCGACUCCCUCCCAGCAGGUACGCUGUAUGAGCUCGAGCAGAAUGCCUUUCAAGCAACGCAGGUCCAAGCAACCCAGGCCUCAGCACGCCCGGUGAAUCCCGUUCUGCCAACGCAACCUACCCAGCCAUCAUUCAACGGAGCCUUAAAACCGCCUCGUCUACACACUGGACUGACCAAUGACUACAACACGCUUGAGGUCGGGGAACUCGAAGCCGAUGUCUACGACAAUGUCGGAGGACAAAACCUGGUUUCGCGUACCCAUGGGCUCGAAGCAGGUCAAACAUGGGCUGCGCAAGGGCCGCUAGGCGAUGCAAUGGAGGUGGACGAAUAUUCUGGUCAGGCGAAUAUGGCAGAUAUCAAUGCGCGACUGCUUCAGAUGGAACAAGAACGAGAGCAGAUGAUCUGCGAGCUGGCCGAGGCAAAGAUGCAGGUGGAAACAAAGACGGGGGAAAUCUCGAUCAUUAGGAGGAAACAGGCGACAAUGACACAAGACUACGACCGGCAGCUAGCUACUCUUCGGAAAUCUAUGGCUGAUGAGAUGGCGAAGCACAAGCAAGAGGUCGAAACAGCGAUGUCUGAAGGCAAGGUCUUGGCGACAGAGAACGUCUUCCUUCAGCAAGAGCUUGCUGAUGAAGCCUAUCAACAUCGCAAUUUCAAAUCAAAGCAGCGGGCUGACAAGCCAGCUCCGGAGACCCCUCGCAAAUCCCGAGCGCUCCCUUUCCGAGAUGGGUUCGACGACGAUGAGAUUGCCAUGGUAUCGCCCAGCAAAUCUGCAGCACGCUCUAAACGUGCUACGCCGACGGUUCCUGGUAAACGAAAACGGCAACUUAGUCAAGAUGGCGCAGUGCCUUUGCAAUUAAGUCCCGCUGGUGGUGACCUCGUCAUGGUCGAUGCUUCUGCGGACAUGUCUGAGGUUGCCGAAGUGAAGCGCAAGGCUGCAGAAUCUAGCCGUCACCAGCAGUUUAUGAUGCGACUUUUGAGCCAUCGCCCCAUCGUAGGCGAGGAGACUGAUUUCGAGGCCAUGGUCAAGCUUGCAUUUCCUACGGAACCGCACAACCCGAUGUCAAGCAUCAUUAUGGAUGCUAUGAUUCAUGUGGACCCAAGCAACUACAUACUAGAAUAUACUCUAACGAUUGCCUCUCUGUGGCAGCGUGCUAUCAACGAGAAAUUCUACGAACCGAUCCCCCGAUUCGAGGCUAUUAUACGAUAUAGCUUGAUGUCAGAUGACACUCCACUCCCAGAGCUCAUCACACCUCUAGUUUGUGUCCUACAAGACUCUGUGGAAAUCAAUGCGGUUCCUCGUUUCAAAUAUGCCCCAGCAUCCCGAGACAAACGGGUCACUCGCCAGACCCCACAAUCAGAUCUACAACCUCUAGUCGACUCAACGGGGGCCAUGCGUCUCCUUUACCAAAUCGCCUGCGGGGUAUUGCAUGUCCGGAGUGCAAUGGAAACAUACUGGCACAAUAUCCGAAUAUCCUUCAUCCUUGUGAUGCUGCACCCGUCCCAUCCACUCGGUGACAUCGUUCUCCUCAUGAACAUCCUCUCAACAAGCAUCCGGUCCAACACCUUUGGGCCAAUCCGAUCUUCCGACCAGGACCAGCUAGACGUUCAAAAAUGGAUCGUGGAUCGUCUUACUCACAUGCUCAGCGAACCAGCCAUUCCUGAUGAAGGCGUUGAUCCAUACACUCCAUAUGACAUUUGCGCAAUGCGACUCGAAGUUCUGCUACUACUCGAAUCCCUGGCGUUCAAUCCCAUGGCUCCAUCCCAGGGCCAGGGACACGCAAGUACCAUCCUGGCAUUGCACCCAAACGCACUGGCGCGCUUGUUCAGAUCUCUUCAUGACGAGCUGGACGCAUUAUACUCUUCACCGCCCGAAGCGGACCUGCGUGUUGCUUUGGUCAAUGGGCUAAUGCGGCUGAUCUUCGGGGUCAUGCGACAGCAUGGAUCUUCAAUUAACAUGCAAGAGAAGCUAGCUUGUGUCCCGGGCAGCAAACAGAAGCAUCUCGUGGUCUUGACUCGGUUGGCAUUCUGUGAUGGGACAGUACUUGAAGCUGGAAUUGAUGAUGAGACGGUUGAUAUGGCCCACGAACUGCUCGAGGAAUGGACGAAUCCCCAGGAAGCAGAUUCGUUGGCAGAGGUAUUUUCAAGUUCAAGGAGAGAGUGA